GUUUACCUUGGGCGAGCCUCUACCACGUGGUCGGUUCCUCGUAAGCAAUCGUCUUCCUUCAGCCACAGAGGAUGGACGAAGGCAACAAUGUCUGUCAAGUUUGUACCACAGCAACAUCCAAAUACAAAUGUCCAGGAUGUUUACUAAAGUACUGCAGUGUAGUCUGCUUCAAGAGCCAUAAGGAGGGAAAGUGCGAACCAGCGCAGCCAGAGCCGACUGUGACCUUGGAGAUCGACACUAAAGGAAACAUAUCAUCACAAAAUGUACUCUUCCCAACCGACGAUACAGUUCUGCCUGAGACUUUAGAGAAGCUGAGGUGCUCACGUAGACUACAAGCCGUGCUCCGCAACCCCCACUUAAGGGAGAUUCUGAGAGAAGUGGAUAGCGCGUCCAACACAGAGGUUCACAUUGCCCGAGCCAUGAGAGAACCAAUCUUCACAGAGUUUGCGGAUAUCUGUCUGAGUAUCGUGGAGCCCGGUGAAGAUGGAGCCGUUGAGACGGAUUCGGAUGAAGAUAUUUGAUAGGAAUGGGGAUAAACAUUGUUUUGGAAAUUUAGGAAUGUGUGUAAUGAGAUGCAGAUUUGUGGGUAAUUCUUUUCAUAUGCAAAUGUGAUUUCUUUUUGGAAAGUGUGUGUGUGUGUGUGUGUGUGUGUGUGUGUGUGUGUGUGUGUGUGUGUGUGUGUGUGUGUGUGUGUGUGUGUGUGUGUGUGUGUGUGUGUGUGUGUGUGUGUGUAAAAUUUUCAGAUUUCAUAACAAAUUUGUGUGAAUAUCUAAUAUGUACAUUGCUUGUAGAUGAUAUUUGUACAGAUCUUUGUAUUUUUUAUCUUAUUUUGCUAUUAAAUGAUUUGUCUUGAAUAUUGCUACAAUUUGUAAAUUUCUUUUUCUUUUAACCAUAAAAGGAAAUCACCUAAAGACACACAUGUUAAUCUUUACAUCUACUAAAAGAUUCAAUGAGGAAAGAUAAGCAUUAGCAUAUUUAUAUUUAUUAAUGAAUAUUUUGGUAGUGAAGAAGUAGGUAACUUCAUAUUCAUUUUUAGAGGAUUUGAGAUUCAAACCUCAACCCAUAUCGUCCUAUUCACCAGGUCAUGACUUUCUAUUAUGUGUAGACUACUAUUCACUAUGAUCAUGCGAGGUACAAAACUGUCAUUUUUUUUUUUUUUCCAUUAUUAGUGAGACAUUAAUGUUUAACCCAAAGAUGCCAGGGAUUGCAUGUAAAUACAUUCCAUGCCCAUUGUGAGUUUGAUUUAUUAAUUGUUUUUGCAAAUAGAUGGCUCUACAAGUACUAAGUUAUCAAUGAGCCAAUUGUGAGUACUACCUGUUUCACCUGUUUACCCUUUUCCUUGAUUUUCAAUAAUAUUUUCUGUUAUCUAAUAUUUCUGUUUAUAAUGUCAAUAACACUAUUAUGAUUAUAAUGUCUGUAAUAAAAGUAACAGCCUGGAUAUUGAUAACAUUUGUAAAAAAGGUGUAAUCAGGUAAAGUCACAAGAUCUUCUAAUUGACACCUUUGUGGCUAAGCACUUGCAGAGCCAUCUAUGUGCAGAAACAUUUCACUGAACAAUAGUACAGGGAAGACUACAUUUUCCUGGCAAUGGUGGGUUAAUACAUUUGUUCCUUUUUGACAAGAUUUCUCAUGCAACACUUACCAUAUCAUCACCAUACCACAGUGCCCCUUGUAGGUCCACCUCUCUCAAGCCAGUCAUAUGCUAAUGUUUUCCCAAGUCUUUCGUCUUGUGAAGGAAAUGCUGUGUGUGUGUGUGAAUUAAUGUUUCUGGGAUGAUACAACAUAUUUAUUUAAGUCAAAGCCCCCUCAUCUUUUCCUUUAUCACAGUCCCAGUGGAUUUACUUUUUAUACAUCUAGAUAAUUAUAGAUCCAUCAAAACAUGAUUUUGUGGCUUUAUGUGCUUUAUUUCCAUAUUUAUGAUAAUUUAAUUGUAAUCACUUUCUUGACUUUGCCUUCUAUUUUUUCUGUCUAUACAAUUUCUGGUGUUUAAAGUUGAGGUCUUGCAAUGGUAGCAACUAAACAGUGCCAUUGUGAAAUUUAAACAGAAAAUAAAGCCUUUUCGAUGGCUUAGGGACGGAUACGCUGAGGGGCUUGUGGUUCUUUAGGAAUUAAUCAUCCUAAAUGAUCAGUUCAUACUUUUAAUUUUCAGGGAUGACAAGAAAUAACUAUUCUGAAAGCAGUACCUUUACUUGAAGUGUUAGAUAUGACUGGAAAUUUAGAAGAAUCAGAAGAAAUAUAUGAUUGUGUGUUGGAUACUAAAAUAAUAAAAGGAAGAAAAAUGA